UUUUCGGUUUCACAUCAAUGAAACACAUUUUCUUUGGAGUUCUUUUAACAUUAACAAAAAAUUUUCAUUUUUAUGAUUGGAAUGCAAUAUUACCAAUCCCUUGGCAGAACGUCCUCGGAAAGCACAAAAUUACUAGCACGAAAUGAGUCAUGCAAUGCAUGGACUGCAUCCGAAUCGAACUACUCCCGACAUCUUUCGCGGCGAUCCAUUUAAAAUUCAAUCGUACAAUUUUCGGUAUGCCGAUCGACCCGUCUACCCAGUACAGCACUACCAGAGGCCAGAGCCAGAGCCGCGCCCCUGCCAAACGCCGAAAUUCGAGACAUUCUACCGCAAUCCCAAGUUCUCCAGCGAUCCCGAGUACGCACCGAGCGCGAAGCCGGGUCCGCAGAGUACCACGGCCUUCACGGAACACAGGCGCCGCAAGUUCCUGCGGGACUUCCAGUCCAUUCCCACCACUCCGAUUCGACGAACCUUCUCCGGCGUCUGCCAGCGCCUGCCAGAGGUGCGCAGUGUCUCAACGGUACCUCAGCCACCACGCCGGCUCUCGCCCAAGGCUCCCGUAGAGGUGACGAAGUCUCCACUUCUGAGGAGCUGCUGCAACCGUGGCGAUUAUCAGGCAAUGGUUCGGGGCCAGAGCACCUCGUCGUUGUUGCGGAGUGGCAGCGGUAAUGUGCUGAAGACUGGAGUACCUAGGAGCGCCUCUGUGGCCUCGUUUGACAAGAGGGAAAGGGAGUGGCAACGAUCCGUUGCCACUAGAAACAGUUCCAACAUCCAGCUGCUGCCUAAGAGAUGCGGCUACAGUGGUUGCGAGAUCAACAUCAACAUCGGCGCCUUGGACUCGGAAUCGGAGACGGACAACAAUUUAACAAUCAAGAUUGGGACGGACAAUUGUCUGCUGAACAACACGGAGAAGGCAAAGCAGCCGGAGAGACGUAAGCGAUCCAGCAGUGCCCGCCCUGUCACCUUCGAUAUAGACAAGCGAUUGUCCAAGUUCAAUGUGGCCGACAAAAAGCCCAGGAGAGGCUCGGACGAGGAGGCCAAUCAACGGGAGUGGGAUCAGGAGCUGAAAAUGCAGCAAGAACGCGCCAGGCAGCGGGAGAGGGAGCGAGAAAAUCUGCGCCAGCAGGAGAGGCAAAGGGAAUACAAGCGCCUCCUCGAGCUCGAGGUAGAGAGGGAGAAAGACCGCCUCAGAGAGCUGGAAAGGGAGUCGCAACGACGAAGAGAGUACCAUGAGUACCAAGCGGGUACGACGGGAACAGUGGAAGCGGCAGGAAGUACCGAUGCGUGCCAUGCCCACUCCCCCCUGAUGAUGACCUCUCACUUGAACAGACGUACCUCCAACGAUCGUCUGCCCGGGAUGGUCCCCUUCCUGGACCGCCCGCCUGCUGCGGCCAUUAAGCGGGCACAGCGUCUUCAGAACUGCUCCAAGAAUCUGACGUCCCUGAGGGGCCUAAAGAAACCCACAGCUCCUACUGUGCCUCCUGUCUCCCUGUUCACUACAGCUCCCACUGUGCCUCCCGUCGCCUUGUUUACCACAGCUCCUACUGUCAAUCCUCCCAGUAGUCUAGAGCGGACCAGUUCGGGCACGUCGAAUGGCAACAUCCAUGUGACGGUAACCACCAAUGGUAGCAGUUCCAACCUGCGUCGGCCAUCGGCCACAGGGCUGAACGAGCAGAAGAAGCUGAAUGGAAGCUCUGGCUCCCACUCCCCCAUUCUCACCAGGCUAAAUAACAUCCCCAUUAGGAUAACCACCUCGGGUCCGGGUGACAGGGACAUGGAGUUCUCAAUGACCCAAGUGCGGCCUGUCGGAUGCGACAGGGGGAGGACAGCUCUGUGCAGUCCUUGAAUGUCAAUAUCAACGUCUAUGCGGAUAACACCUCGCGUACGAUGCGUAUGUACGAGUAGAGGUAGAGAUUGUAGGUAGGAUCGAUGUCAGGAAAAUUCUGGAACCCUGCUCUUCAGGCGGGUAAAUUCAGAACGGAACGCAACGGGAAUGUGUUCCAGAGUUGAGCUGAUCUUGACCCCACCUACAUAAGUAUGUACUCGUCGAAUCGUUCCCAGAUGCGGCACUCGUUUAAGCUGACUUAAAGUUCUCGGACUUUUGUUUUAAAUUGGGUAGAAAGGAAAAAAAAUCAAUAAAAAAGUGUAGGUUUCCACA